AUGAACGAAAACGCCCCGCCACAGCCGUAUAAAUCCACCGCCCGUCGACCUGAUUCUGGCUCACCGCGGCCUUAUGCUGGACCAACCGACACCGGAGAGCGUCGAUCUGCCAUCUGGGAGGUCCCGCGCGGCAACCGUCCAUGUCACCGUCGAUUGCCAGACUCGCACCACCUAGUCCGCCUCGCGUCGGCGCCGCUGAGGCUGUCGUCGGCCUCCAACCCCUCCUUCCCGCCUUGGACGCAUCCACGUACCACCGCCGGUCGCGCAGCUCCAGGUGGAACGAGCAGUGUUCGACGAUUUGUUAAAGGUAAAAUCUUGAGAGAUCGGAGCCUGCGCGGGGCUUCGCAGCAGGAACUGGCUAACCAUCAGCAGGCCGGAGCGGCGGCGCCGCCGCAGUACGGGACGGACGCUAAGCUGGCAGAGCUCACCGCCGGUAGCGGCGGCAGGGAAACAGAGGAGCAGCGCGGCAAGUUCUUGGUGCUGCGGCUGUACGAGGCGCUCAACGCCCGCGACGCGCGCCGGGCGCAGGAGCUGCUCGCCCCGGACCUCGAGUGGUGGUUCCAUGGCCCGCCCGCGCACCAGCACAUGAUGCGCCUCCUCACCGGCGCCGACACCAACGCCCAGUUCACCUUCGCCCCGCGCUCCGUCGACGCCUUCGGCUCCACCGUCAUCGCCGAGGGAGGCGCUGACGCUGGCGGACAGCUCUACUGGGUGCACGCCUGGACCGUCGGCCCUGAUGGGGUGAUCACGCAGCUCAGGGAGUACUUCAACACCGACAUCACCGUCACACGCCUCUCCGCGGCCGUCGUCACCAAGAACGCCAGCGCCGCCGUCUCUCCUAGCCACGCCUCCUCGUCCUCUUCCACGUCCUCAGCCCCCUCCUCGCCGGCGCCCACGCCUAAGUGGCCCAAGUGCCUCUGGCAGAGCCGCCGCGCUGACCGUGCCCGCAAGUCGCUGCCGGGCCUCGUCCUCGCCAUCUAACAAUAAGUAAACUACUUAUCUGCAAGAAGUCAAGGAGCUGUCGUAUGGGCGAACUGAACUGAACUGAAGUGUGUGCUAGAGUUCAGUGAUCCCACAUUUCCCCUACCACUACUAGUAUUGCUUUGCGUGUUUGAAUUAGAAAGUGUGAUUUUCUCGGUC